CCCGGCCUUGCCGAGAUAACGAGGUUUGCAUACCUGGAGGUUUGGCUAACGGUUCACCCGACUGUUCAUACUUUUGCAUGACAGCAGGUCGUGAGGUAUGCCCAUUGCCACCCUGGGGUGUUUCUAAUGGACGAACUGUGGGAUCUGUCAAUAUUUACACGUGCGGCAAGGGUACUGUUGGUGGAGGGAGCGCCACGUGCUUACCCAGUAAAGAGUGGGACAAGAAAAUCGAUACCACCUGCACUCCUAUUUUAGCCCACCCGUGCAAGAACGACUCUCUUUGCUCCGAGAUAAAUGGAUACUGCUCAGCAAAAGGACAAUGCGAGUGUGAGCCUAGCAAGAUAUAUGACGAAACCAGUAAAGAAUGCGUCGUUGAAUGUGCUGAUGGCUGGGAAAAGUUUGGCGUACAUUGUUACUUGUUUAACAACGACCCGUUGUCAUGGGAAAAAGCAAAAAUACAUUGUACACAGUUGGGAUCAAACUUACUCAAAGUCGAAGAUGCGCCAGAACAUGAAUUUGCAAAAGCAAAAUGUGCUGAAUAUGGUACAAUUUACUACUGGAUUGGUGCCCGGUGGUCCACCGAGUAUGGAGAGUAUCGAUGGUAUGAUGACACUGUUAUGAAUUACACAGUCUGGUCCCCAGGAGAGCCUGACAUUAAAAGGGGAUGCGUUGACAUGUUGGUCUCAGUCGACUGGGCAUGGAACAGCCAUCACGAUUGUUCUAACACAAAUGGUAGCAGUAUUUGUGAGAAAGGAUAAAACGGCUAAACAUCUACUCAACAACUGGGUGUUAUCUGUUGGCGGGGUGAAAACAAAGAGAUGAAAAACCGCAAAAUAACUAGAUAUGAAAUAUUAACUGGAUUUCAUUCGGAUGCUUCAUUUGAAA